AUGAUAGAAAUAAUACUCAACGAUAGAUUGGGCAAAAAAAUUAGAGUAAAAUGCAACCCCGAUGAUACGAUUGGAGAUUUAAAGAAGUUAGUGGCAGCACAGACGGGAACAAGAGCUGACAAAAUACGAAUACAAAAGUGGUACACAAUUUACAAGGAUCACAUAACUUUACAAGACUAUGAAAUUAAAGACGGGAUGAACUUGGAGUUGUAUUACAACUGA